AUGAAGACUCAAAUCAUUCUCUUCACGGCGCUGAGUGGCGUCGCCGUCUCCCAGGUCACUCUGUAUGGCCAGUGUGGCGGAGAAGGCUGGACUGGCUCAACAACAUGCGUCGCCGGCACCACCUGCGUGCCCUACAGCGAAUGGUAUAGCCAAUGCAUGGCCGAAGAUGCCGAUGAUGGCGCCAACCCCGCCCCGGAGCCCACGGCAGAGGUCUCAUCCAUUGAACCAACUGAUGUCCCCACGGUGAUUGAGGAUAUCCCAGCCUCAUCCGUCGCCGAAGCCAUCCCGACCUCCGAAGCAGCUGCACCCACUCCUUCCACGUCAGAGGAUCCUGCGCCGGCAACGACAUUGGCCACCGCCACCAAGGACGCGACAGCCACCAUCGCCGCUCCUUCGGGAGUAACAAAGACACUCCCUCAGUCCUCGGGUACUGUCGAAACGGACGCCGCGAUCCCCGUGUCUGGGACUUUUGACGGCGGGAUGAAGCUGUACGACCGCAAUCCGAGUGUGUGCCAGGACCAGACUGAGACGGGCGAGGACGACGCCAUGUUCAUCCUCGAAGACGGCGCGACUCUGUCGAAUGUCAUUCUCGGACCGGGGCAAGCGGAGGGUGUUCACUGCAAAGGGACCUGGUACAUGCCCUCCUUCUUUCUAACUUGCAAAGAGUACAUGAACCCUGACACAUGCGUGGACAGCACCCUCAUCAACGUCUGGCACAGCGACGUCUGCGAGGACGCCAUCACCCUCAAGCAGACCUCGGGCACGUCCUCCAUCAUCGGCGGCGGCGCCUUCCACGCCGCGGACAAGGUGGUGCAGUUCAACGGGCGCGGCACGGUCUCGAUCAAGGACUUUUACGUCGAGGACUACGGCAAGCUCGUGCGCAGCUGUGGCAACUGCAAGGCCAACGGCGGGCCGCGGAACGUGGAGAUUGAGAACGUGGUCGCCGUCGACGGCGGGGUGCUGUGCGGGAUCAACACGAACUACGGCGACACGUGCAUGAUCUCGGGCGCGUGCCAGAGCGCAGGGAAGAGCUGUGACUUGUUUGAGGGGAAUGAUACGGGCGAGGAGCCGAGCAAGGUGGGCAGCGGGAUGGACGGGGAGUCUUGCUUUGUGAGUGGGUUGAGUGAGAGCUGUUAG